GCCGCGGCGAGCGCCUCGCCUGGGGGAAGGCUGCCGGGCUGCCGGAGCGGGGAGAGGAGCCCUCGCUCUUUUUGGUUCCCUUCCAAACAUUUUUAACAGAGGAAGGAUGUAAUAACAUGCCACGGGCAAUAAAUCAUAGGCUGGCUACUCCCCCUGGCUCCCCUCCCCCACCGCAGCGAUCCCGGCCCCUCUAUAGAGGCCGGGGAGGAGGGGACGCCAGCAGAGCGCCGCAGCCGCCGGGACUCGCCGCGCCGCGCCUGCCCCGCGCCGCCAGCCGCCCAGCAUGGACGUGAGAGCGCUGGCUCUGCUCGCCGUGGCCCUGGCGCUUGCCUCCCUCUCGGAGGAGAAACCCGUCAGCCUGACUUACCGAUGUCCCUGUCGAUUCUACGAGAGCAAUGUGGCAAGAGCCAACAUUAAGCACCUCAAAAUCCUCUCCACACCCAACUGCUCACUUCAGAUUGUUGCAAGGCUCAAGAACAACAGCAAGCAAGUGUGCAUUGAUCCCAAGUUAAAGUGGAUCCAGGAAUAUCUGGAGAAAGCUUUAAACAAACCACGUCAUCGCACUCAUAAAAAAAAGCAACAGAAGAAACGGGGCCUACUCUGCCCUUCCCGUGCAACACCACUAAAGUCUCCAGGGAGAAAGAAUGGAGGUUCAAGAUGUAAGAGGCAAGCAUUGUAAGCCGUCUACAGGAUUUCUUACUGUAGGACCCAGAGAGCAGAUAACCAGUAUUAGGGAAUGAAUACAUUUCACUGUUAUGAUGCAACACAAAAGCAACGCUUCAUGCAUUUACAAGCUUUUUUUUUUUUCUUUUCUUUUUUUUUUUUUGCACAAAUUGCCUUGCUUUCACAGUGCUAUUUACAUGUAGUAAGAUGUAUUUGUUUUGAGAAAAAGAUCUUUUUAUGCAGGUUGGUUUAUUACCUAGCACUGAGGGCAGAUAUGAAUUUAAACUAACCCUAUGUUAUUAUAUAACAUUUUAUUUCAUUUGCUAUGUAGAGGUUCUGCUUUAUUUAACUUUCUUUUGGUUCAUGCAAGUCUCCUGGAGAUUUAAACCUACAAGGACAUGAACUGUACAGUGCAAUGAUGUUGUGUAAGUAGUGGUGGAGCUCCAUGCCCCUGAAAGUCAGUGAAGCCAAGAACAUAGGAAGGCUCUAAAAUGCAUCAGACGUUGAUAAAAGUGGACAGCAUUAUCAUGGGUAAUGAUUAUAGGUAUUUUGACUAAGGGAUUAAACUCGGGGCUGCAGGGCUAAAGCCAUGGGCAGUUGGGUCAAUGCACAUCUGCUAUUGCAAGGUGCUGGUACACUGAUUUGUAGCAGCUGAGUGUGUUAGGAGCCACAAUACUGAUCUGAUGUCACCUGGCAUUUCCUAUGUUCCUGUGUUUCUGAUGACAAGUUUUAGCACAAAAAGGAAUUUUUUUUAAAGAUCUAACCACAUGAUCAUGUUGCAAACUGCUGGAGCAGUCAGAGAUGCUGCCAUGCAUGAGGCAUCUGUUAUCACCCAUGCAGGAGGUGGUUUCAGCUAGCCUGGCUGGCUUUGCACCAAUGUAGGUAGAGGUGCAUUUACAUGACUCUUCACCAGCAAUGCUGUAGCCUCGGUUACUGAACAGUCACAAGUACCUGAGGGCAAUAACAUCUUUGACUGCUCUGGAUAGAUCCAAAAGAGGAUGUCUGGCCAUGUCUUUGGAGAAAAGAGAUACCUGGGGCAAGAGAGGAAAUAGUGAGGGUCUGCCCAUUUUGCCAAAAGAGUGGUGUUUCUUAGGUGUGGAAAUGAAGGCAAACAGUCACUGUUCACCAGUAGUAGUGGUUCUGUUUGCUUGUAAAACAAUGUAUCUUCUAGAAUUUCCUGUAAAAAGUACAUCCUGGAAGAAAUACCACUUCUUGCACCAACCCCCUCUCUCAGCCAGAAAUUUCUUUUUCCCAAUUCUUAUCUGUAUAAGCAAUUAUAUUUGCUGUAUAACCUAUGGAAAAAGACACCUGAAGUACUGCAAUAAUCAUGUUAUGCUGUGCGCUGAGAUCUGGGGGAAGCACACAUUGUCCAAACUUUGUGCGGCACAGUAUUUACAUUUGUAUGUGUCUGUGUGUGUGUAUUGUAAAACAACUGUAACUGUCUAACAUUGUAUGUUUUUGUUGGGUGGGUUGCUUCAAAAGGAAUCUUCCCUCUUACCUGCAGCCUGUGUCAGGAACACUGAAAAGGAUGCUUCACUUACCACUUCUUUUUGUGGCAGGCAUCUUUAAUGCCAAAGAGCUGCUUUGGCUAGCCAGGGACUGCCUUAUUUUCCGUGUGGAUUCAGGUAACAAUCUUGUAAGUAUUUUCCUGUAUGUAAAAUGGUGCUAUUACAGAGAGUGCUUCAGCUGGGAUCUCAUCGCCUCAUUUGCUUUUAAGUAGAAGCCAAGUACCAUGCCAAAAAUAUGUGGGUGUGAGUUUGUCUUUCCCUCUAUUGUUAUAAUUACCAAGCUGGUGCUUUAAGUAUCAUUUAUCUCUGUUCUGAAAGGUCUGGUACCACUGUACCUGGGGAGAAUUUGACUGUUGAUGUCAAUGGGAGUAGGAUCAGAACCUCUACUACAGGGAUAAAGGCAGAAAGAACUUGUAUGAGAAAACCAGAGUCUUUUGUAUCUUCCCUGGACUGCACUUUAUAUCGUAGGGUCCAUCUCCUGUCUUCACACGAGCGUCUGCAACUGCUAAUGGUUUGCCAAGAGACUGACAUGUGAGUGUGAAAGCCAAGAAUGACUUUGGGGAAAGAUGGAAGAAUUUUGGUUCUGAUACAGACAUGGAGCUUUGUCUUUGUCACACCCAGGAAGGGGCAUUCUUCAUGUGUGCUUGCCAUCCAACAACAGCUUGAGGUCUGAUCUGUUCCCAUUCUCCCAAUGGAGAAUUAAAUAAUCCUCUGUUUUUGAUUUAACAGCAAACCUUGCUGAUGAUAGGGGCCAUGAAGAUUUCAUUUCUAGGGGGAAACACUUUCCCUUAAAAGCAGCAGUAAAGAAGAGAAAUCACCAGUUCAGGCUUACUAUCUGAACAGCCCACAGUGUUGGGUAUGAUAUUUGGGCACCCAAGCAAGAUCCUGCAUUUGGGCAUGUCCCCGGCUGUCUCAUGUCCUUCCAUUCCUUAGUAAGGUCUCAAAUUCAUUGUAUUUCAAACCUCUAUACUACAGUGACCUGAUGGGGUGGUAGAUGUGGCUGUACAGCCUUGAUAGUAUUCUGCUCCAGUCCCCACUAACAGGGAGUGCACGGGGUUCGGCAUCAGCAGGGAAUGGUCUCUGGGCACAUCCCCACGUCACAGCCUGAGUGAGCAUAUUGCCUUGACAGAGGCACUGAGAUGGGCAGUGCUGGAGUACCCUGGCCAGACCCCUGACUCUCAGCUCUGGGCAGUAUAGCUAAGUCGUGGAGGUACUGCAGGAAACGGGCUAACUUCCUUUUCUAGGGGCAGAUUAGUGGGCAUUUCAGGAGCAAAUUGUGAUAAUGGAAGGGCAUUUGCUGCUGCAAGAAGUGUGUAAGUCCCAGAAGGAAGGAAAAGGACUUCCUGCAAGGUUAAGGAGCAUUUACAGACAGGUGACGAUUGUCUGGGUGCCUUGUGGGCCUUCUGUCUCUGGCAUUUCUUGCAAAUCACAUGGUGUGGCCUGGGCCCUGAGACUCCCGCGCUGCUGAAGAUUCAUUAUGCACACAGCUAAGACCCCUGAGUGCAUGGGGCUGCUCCUAGGGGCUGAUUCCACUUCCUUUCCUUGCCCGGCGCAUAGUUCCCCUGGGGCAAGCUUAAGUACAAUGUGAACGCAGGGGGUGGAGCAGUCCUGGCCAGGAGUCACUGAAGACUUACCUAGGUGAGACCCUGCUAAAAGCUCUCUCUUGCUUUAAACCAAACUAUAACCUUGAGAGGGAAGCUUUGCUUUCUGCCUAAUAUUUGUUGAGAAUGGUUGAAUCAAGAAGAGCAGCCGUGCCCUUCAUGCUAGAGAGAUCAGUCACUAGGCUGCUUCAAGCUGCUUGCGCUAUUCUAUGCAUUAUGCUCUGUUCCUCAUAUGCACACUGUAGUCUUAACAGGUUGUGAGGCAGCACUAACAGAAACCUGCUUGGGGGAGCACUAGAUUUUCCUUUCUAAUUUUAACUGUUGACCAAAGAGCAAAUCAGGGAAAGGAAGGAUAGGGAGAUGGGAGUGAUGUAGGGGCCACACGUGAACAGGAGGAGGGAAAAGAGAGAACACUGAACCAGUGCUGAAAGAGCAGAUUCCAUAAAUGUGAAAUAAGUCACGUGUGGUAUUUUCCAAACCGCAGCUGUUGAAUCCUAAGGUGGUUGUUUUUUUUUUUUUUUUUAAAGAAGAAGAGAUGGUAUUUAUUGCUGUGCCAAUUUUUUUUUUAUUUAUACUAGCUUUACACUUGUAUAUAUGAAUUCUGCCUGAGGAAGGAUGAAGGUGACUUUUUGAUGUGCUUUUAAGUAAUGUGUUUGAGCAUAGUCAUUCAUUGGUCUUUUGCAAUGAAGGCUAUAUUCCAAGUUAAAUAUACACAUUUUGCUGAAAAUGCAGUUCCUGAAGAAGUUUUUGUUGCUAUUUUCCCUUUGCUAUAGCCUAGAGGGUCCUUCUUUUCUCUGGCAACUUGUUUUGAGUGAUGCAAUUUAUAGUAACCAGGGGCUUCUGAGAACUCAUUACCUAAAGUCUGGAUUUUUUUCUCUACCAACUCCACACCAAGCCAGUUCUUGCCUGCAAACAUGAAGCUCUGAUGGCCACAGAGAAGAAAAUAUUUAUCAUGAUGAAAGGGCUGCAUGAACCUCCCAUCUUCCACUCCUUAAGAACUCAGUGUUGUCAGAAUGUGGUGUAUACUGUAUUUUAUAUUUUUAUUAAGUAAAAAGAAAUAUCUUCCCAAAUAAUGUGAAAAAAGCUUUUGUAUUUGUUUUUCUGUAAGGCAGCUUUUAUGGAGGAGUUAUAUUAUGCUUUUGAAAUUACUCCUUUCAUAGAAUAUUUUGAAAAUAAACACAUUUAUAUUGUUGUAAUUCCUCUGGUAAAUGUGUAUGCACUUAAAAUUUUCUUAAUAAAAAUGUCUAUCUAAAUGAAA